AUGGGUAACCGUAUUUCUAGACACAAAAAAAGCAAAUCAUCGACCUCACAAAGUUCACUUAGUAAUACAGCUAGACUCCCAACAAAAAGAGAAAACAAAUCCUCGCUAAGUUCAUUUAAUGAUAGACCGAGUAUAACCAGGGGGGAAAGCGAACGCGAGAAGCUAGUGGAAGUGCUCCAAACUUCUCGAGUAAUUGAUGGGCGUGUUUUCCAAAUGGCUAAUGAACGAUAUCUUAUACCAUGUGAUGAUCAAGAGAAAAAUCGUCUUCAAAUGCAACAUGAUUUAAUGAAAGAAAUAUGGAAGGGUAAUUUCUCGUCUCCGAUACAUGAAAAGUUAAAGAAAGGAGGGAUACGAGUCCUUGAUACUGGUUGCGGAACAGGUACUUGGACUCUCGACAUGGCUAACAAGUAUCCUGUAUCAACAUUCUUGGGUGUUGAUAUAAUUGAAAUGUUUCCAACCAAUAUGCGACCUCCAAAUGCUGGGUUUCUUCAAUACAAUAUAUUAAACGGUUUGCCAUUUCCAAAUGAAACUUUUGAUUUCGUAUAUCAGCGAUUUUUAUGGGCAGCUUUUACACAAAAACAAUGGAUACAGUUAAUAGAUGACUUCAGAAGAGUUACAAAAACAGACGGAUGGAUAGAAUUGAUGGAAUUUGAUGUGGAGAUUUAUAAUCCUGGUCCAAUCGCUAAAAAACUAAGUGAUGCUGUACAGAAACAUUUGACUUCAAACGGAAUAAAUCCCAAAAUUCGCUCACGAAUUCCAAAAAUUAUGGCAAACACAAAUAACCUUGAAUCAAUACAGACCCUUGAAACAAUAACUCCGCUUGGGAACUGGCGGCAAACACCACAAGGAAUAAAGGCACUUAAAGAUAUCGCAGCAACAUUAAAAUCUUUACAGGUCGCAUUGAAAGCAGUGUUGGGUGUUGACAAUUACGAAUAUAAAGAAAUGCUGGAGCAAUUUAUUAUAGAGGGAUCAAAGUAUAGAAUGUAUAUAAAGACAUUUCGUUUUUUGGCACGAAAGCAGGAAUACUUUGAUUAA